AUUACUUGGUGACAGUUAUCUUUUUUUAUGUUUGCUGCUGUAUAAGCUUGAAUAUUUCAAUGAAUACAGCUGAGAAAGUUAUAUCUCUUCUUAAUGUUGCAACUUUAAGCACUUAUGAUCUAGAAAGAAUAAGCGCUCUAAAGGAGGCUCAGGAAUUGUUAUUAACCAAGGAACCAGAACUACUCGACAAAUUUAUUAACGAUAUACUCGCCUUUCAAGCUGAUAAAUCAAUCGAGAUUAAAAAGACAAUCAUAAAUUUCAUCGAAGAAGCAUGUAAAAGAAAUCCCCAUAAUCUAUCUAAAGUGUUGGGACAUUUAAAUAUUCUUUUGAGAGAUUGCAAUCCAAUUAUUCAAAAAAAGAUCAUACAGAUUAUCACAACCAUAUACAAACUAUUCCUUGAAUGGGUAACUAAAAGUGUUAAUGUUCAACUAAUAACUGAUAUGACGCAUCAAAUAUGGAUUUUUUUGAAAGGUAUUAAAUCGUAUGUGCUGAAUCUGUUGGAAUCCGAAAAUGACGGAAUAAGAACACAAGUCAUAAAAUUUAUGGAAAUGAUUGUGCUUAGCCAGAGUUGUAGAUCGGCUGAUUCAUUUAUGACAAAAACGGCCACAUUUUCUUUGGACGAAGUUCCCGAAAGGCACAAAUUUUUGCGGUAUUUGCAACUCCAAGAGGAAAGCAAACAGAUUUUUAAUACAAUGAUAAAUCUGUGCGGGUCAAUAACUAUAUCUCAUUCAAAUUUAAACACGUUAUUGGGUUCCUUAACCGAUAUAGCAUUACAACGGCCACAAUAUAUGAAUAAAGUUGUAUCUUCUUUCAUAAAUCUAUACAAUAAACUCCCUCCAACAUUAGCUAAAUCUCAAGUCAGUUCGGUUAAAAAGGGAAUUAAAAAUAGGUUGAUGAGCUUGAUCAAACAUCCUUCCUCUAUCGAAUUUCAACAACCUAUGAUCGCUAUUUUGAUUGAGCUAGGUGCCUCUCAUAACGAUAUCUUAAAGAAUUUGCCCAAAAUAAGUAAGGUCAAUUCACAGAUGCAUCUUGGCGAUGACAUAACCCGAAAAUUUUCUUUGGAAGAGAAUCAGCCGAUUAACUUCAAAUCUCUCGAUAUAACGGAUGAAAAGUUGGAGGAAAAUAUAAAGAACCAAAUAUACGAAUCUUUGGAUAAGCAAACAGUCAUAGAUUUAGUUUUGGAUCACAUGAAUUAUCUUCCAGAAAUCAUUCCAAAAAUAUUUGUCGAUAAUUAUCAACCAAUUCGAACAGCAGGUUCUAAUUCACAAAUUAUGGUUUUAGCUCAACUUCUAACAGACAUGAUAUCAAAGGAUAAUAAACCUAUAUUUGAAAAGGUCGAAGCAGAAACUUUCAAAGAUUAUGGACGAAAUUUCCAAAAAUCAACUAGCAAUAUAAACAAACAUGAGAUUAUGGAAGGCAAAGAAGAGUCAAAGAAGCUAGAUGAUGGGAGUCAUCUCGUUAUGGCGUUUCAAGCCUUGAGCUCUCGUCUCAAAAAAUGUUGCUCGGGAGCACGUUACGACCUCGUGAGCCGUGCCACUAAAUCCAGGCAACUAUUGCGUUCUCUUCCCGCCCACGAUCAUCUGGCACUUUUAAUACCAGAUUUUGAAGUUAACACCUUAUGUAUAAAUGCCUGCCUCCGGAUACUCACCACCGCGUCUCCUUCCGCCUGCCAACAAAGGAUACCCCUCCUUCUCAAAAUUAUUCAAGACACCGAGGACACUUCCCCCAAACUAUUUUCGGUGGUAGUUGAUUACAUAUUGGAAAAUAUGCUAGGGCAAUAUGAAUUAGCUCUUUCUUUAUUGAUGAAAACAUAUGAAAAUGCCUUAAUAUCUCUAAAUAAUGAAUUCAAACAAUAUGAAGAUUUACUAAAUUUAUUUAUCCGAAGCAUCAUGGAAAAAAAUAUAUGGAUUAAUGAAUUAUUGUUAAAACUUCUCUUGGAAGUUCCUUUAAUAACCGAAUCAAAUAUUCAGCAACUUAAACAAUGUAUAAUAGGGUCUGAUAAUGACGCAAUUAUAUUCUCGAUAUUUAUUAAAAUGUCCCAUUAUCGACCUAGUAUUAGGGAAGUUAUUAUAAAUCAAUUGAUUUUAGAUUUUACCAUUCAUUCCGAUAAUCUCGUAAUCAGAAGAUUAUCAUUGGAUAUUGUAGUCGAAAUUUAUAAUAAUAAGAAUUAUUCUUCCAUAAUUGAAGAAUUUGCACUUAGGCAUUUAAAACUUUUGUCCCUCGAGAGUCCACCAAAGUCUUUAUACUCGAAAAUUAAUUACCAAAAUAACUUUGAAGAUAAACUCUGGAAUGAUGAAACCAUAAAAUUAUGUCUGCAGCUAUUUUUACAAAUUCUUCCAAAAAAUCAUAAAUUUAUUAAUGACUUAAUCAAUGUGUAUGUUGAUGCCCACUCAGAUAUUAAGCGAAUUAUAUUGAGAUCGCUGGAAGGACCGGUGAAAUUAAUGGGUGGCGUAGAAUCAAGCGAAUUAUUAUCAGCCAUUAAAAAAUGUGUUAAAGGGUCAGAAACCUUAAUAACUCGUUUAGUUUAUAUAUUAACUAUCGAAUCGAGUUCGAAUAUCUCUAGCCAUCGGCCACCUGUCAGCCUAGUGAAUGCGGUUCGCUGGCUCUACUACCAAACCAAAACUGUUACCGAUGUACGGUUAUUGAUACCUAUUGUCACCGGUCUUACUAGAGAAGAAAUUUUGAACCUCCUUCCUAAAUUCGUAGCCUUAUCUAACAUUAAUUUACUUAAAGAAGUACUUUACAAAUGUUGUUCUUAUGUCUCGAUAUUAACGCCUUCUGAACUAUUGGUUGCUUUGCACAUGAUACCUGCUAUGAUGACCCCUUCAUUUACUACCACUAUUCCUAAAGUUGACGAAGAUACUGGCGAUCCUGAAGGUAAGGUAGAAAUUGAAGAGAAUACAUGCGACACCAAAGCUCUAAUUAGGGCCAUCAAUAUAUGUUUCGCAAACAAAAGACUAUUCACUCCAGAAGUUAUAUCAAUAGCAAUUGAAUCCUUGGUUGAAGUCAACCCCUUGCCAAUUUUAUUUAUGAGAAGUGUCAUUCAAUCCAUAGUUCAAUAUCCCAAGCUAAUCGGCUUUAUCGUUAAAAUUUUAUACAAUCUUGUCGAGAAGGAAAUAUGGAAGCAAAAGCAAGCUUGGUUAGGUUUUAUCAAAUGUUGUCAAAAAAUAAUGCCACAGUCUCUACCAAUCUUAAUCCUCUUGCCGAUUAAGGAGUUAAAAGACUUAUUUAUGUUGGCUCCCGAUCUCAAAGAAACAUUAUUAGAUUAUAUAAAUAAAAUGUCGCCAGAAAAGAAAACUGAUAAAGUAAAAGAAAUUAUAAACGAUAUACUAAAAACGGAGCAUGUUUGUGACAUUGCUGUUGAUAGCAUACCAAUUGGCGAAGAAAAUAUUACCGAGAACGUUGAUUUUAAUGAUAUAUAAAAUUGCUUUUAUUUAUGUAUAAAUAAAUAUUUUGAACCUAAAUAUGCUGCCAAGUAUUUCAACAUUAUAAAU